AACAAUUUCCGUAACCAUUUUGGUUCAUGCCUGCCUCGGGCGCGCGCGCGCGGGCGUCUGGGCACGAUGGCGCGGGAUGUCGCCCCGCGCGGCGACAGUCGGCCUGAUGCGAGCGGCGGCCCUGGCUGGCCAUCCUCGGCCAAGCGUCGGGAGGCGCGCAGGGCAGCGGCUGCGGCGGCUGAGGCAGCCGUGCACCGCCUGUCGCUCGAGGCGCGGGCCUGGCGCCGGCUCCACGAGGACCUGGCGGCGGCCCUCGGGGCUGCGGGCGCGGGCGGCGAGCUGAGCAGGCGCUUGGCAGCGGCCGCCCCUGCCUUGGCUGCCUUCAUCCGCGGGGAGGUGCCAAGUGCGGUCGAGCGCCUGAGACGGAACGUGGCCCUCCAUGCGGAAGCUGAGGGCACCGACCUGCCGGGCGCUGGGGCCGCGCAGCUCCGCGUGGCGCAGCACGGCCCGAGGCUCGGCGCAAAGCCCGCGGCUCCCGAGGCGGGCGCCUUCGGCGGUGCCUUAGGGGAGCGGCUGGACGAUGAGCCUGACGAGGAUGCGCGCGCACUGCUGGCAGGCGCGGGGGCGGCGGGCCCGCUCCCUGAACUGCCCGCCGGUGCGCUGCGCGCUGUGGACCUGGAGAAGGCCUUCUCGGAACCGCGGUUGGCGCCGGGCAUGUGGGCCAAGGCGCAUGCCGAGACGGUGUCCUUCGUUUCGGGCCUGGCGGCGGGGUGGCGCCCGGCUGAGCGCGAGCCUCGGCCGCCACCGGGGACGCGGUGCACUUGUGGUGCCGUUGUCUUCUCGGCCCCGCCGGUGGCCUCCGAGGCGCCCCUGGCGGCUUGGCAGACGGAGCGCGCCCUGGCGCCGCCGCCGCGCCCAGCGCUCCUGGAGUGCAGGUCAGGAUCACAAGUGGGAAGUGUGGCAGCCGCCGCGGCCGCGUCCGACGACCUGUUGCUGGGCGCGCCGGGCAUCGUGGGCUACGACGGCGAGAGAGAGCGCGGCGGCGACGGGGACGACCGCGGCGCCUUCGUGGACCACGCCGCGCCUGCGGCCGGCGUGUCCUCGCCGCUGCUUUGGUACGUCGGCGGCCGCCUGGGCGAGGCCGUCAGCCACAACGACAGCGACGACGACAGCGUAGGCGGCCAGGGACAGGAGCAUGCCGACUGCGAUGCUGCCGCUGCCUGCUCCGCCACCGCUGAGUUGGCGCUCAGUGGAGUGAUCGCGGACUACCUCGGCGAGAACGAAGCCGCACUCCUCCGUGGAGACGGAGACGGCGGUCGAGCUGCCGCGAGGCUCGCUGAGCUGGCCCUGCCGACCGAGGACGCCGAGGGCGAAGUGCGGCGAGAUUGGGGUCGUGAGUGA